GAACUCAAUAGUCCGGAUACAGCCAUAGGAAACAGUCUGGGCUGGAUCAAAACUCCCCAGUGAUGACCUCACCGCCAAUCAUUUGUGACUGGCUUUGCUGGGACUACUGGGUGUGUUGUGUGGAGGGCUUCACAUUUGAAUCAGUAUAACAACAACAGAAAAAGAAAAAGACACACGCUGAUCAUUGAGAAGAAUCACGGAAAAUAAAACGUUUCAAAAGCCAAUGCCGUGAAGUGAAGGUCUGAAGCUGGGCUCUGGAGCAGGGCUGGGAGGAUCAGACUGAGAGACAGUGCAGACUGAAAGACAGGAACGCUGCAUGUGAAAGAGUGACGACACCAUGGGAAAGACUGGCCAAAGCUCUGUGGAGAUCAGCUCCCCCAGCGAGGUGAAGCAUGCCAUCCCCUUUGAGACUCUGGACCCAGCAGCACUGCCCGGCGACACCAAGCCAGAGCUACCAGACCGGGGCACCUGGAAGGGCAAGUUUGACUUCCUGCUGUCCUGUGUGGGGUACGCCAUUGGACUGGGCAAUGUGUGGAGAUUCCCAUACCUGUGCGGCAAGAAUGGGGGAGGUGCCUUUUUGAUUCCCUAUUUCCUGACCCUGGUGUUUGCUGGGGUGCCUCUGUUCCUGCUGGAGACGGCUCUGGGGCAGUACACCUCUGUAGGAGGGCUGGGGGUCUGGAAGUUGGCACCAAUGUUCAAAGGUGUGGGGAUGGCUGCCGUUGUACUGGCCUUCUGGCUCAAUAUUUAUUACAUCAUCAUCAUCGCCUGGGCGCUUUACUAUCUAUUCCACUCCUUCGGAUCAGAGCUGCCGUGGCAAACCUGUGACCACCCGUGGAACACUGACCGCUGCUUCUCGAACUACAGCAUCCCCGACACCACCAACCUGACCAGCACCGUCACUGAAUUCUGGGAGAGAAACAUGCACCAGAUAACAGGAGGCCUGGAUGAGCCAGGCACGUUGAGGUGGCCGCUCGCUGGCACGUUGGCCCUGGCCUGGGUCCUCGUCUAUUUCUCCAUCUGGAAAGGAGUGGAGUGGACAGGGAAGGUGGUGUAUUUCUCCUCCACCUAUCCCUACUUCAUGUUGUUCAUCUUGUUUUUCCGUGGGGUGACUCUCCCAGGGGCAAAGGAAGGCAUUCUCUUUUACAUUACCCCUGAUUUCAGUAAACUCACCCAAUCGGAGGUCUGGCUGGAUGCAGCCACUCAGAUUUUCUUCUCCUAUGGUCUGGGACUGGGCUCUCUGAUUGCCCUCGGGAGCUACAACCAUUUCAACAAUGACGUAUACAAGGACUCCCUCAUUGUCUGCUGUAUAAACUCUGGCACCAGCAUGUUUGCAGGCUUCGUCAUCUUCUCCAUCGUGGGCUUCAUGUCUCACAUCACCAAGAAACCCAUCCAGGAGCUGGCAGCUUCAGGACCAGGCCUGGCCUUCCUUGCCUACCCGCAGGCCGUCACUCAGCUGCCCCUGUCCUCCCUGUGGUCAGUGCUGUUCUUCUCGAUGCUGAUGAUGCUGGGGCUGGACAGCCAGUUUUGCACAGUGGAAGGCUUUGUCACCGCCCUGAUUGACGAGUACCCCGUGUUACUGAGGUCAAGAAAGAAAAUGUUCAUCGCUGGGGUGUGCUUCCUGUCCUACAUCAUCGGCUUUUCAAACAUCACGCAGGGCGGGCUCUAUGUGUUUAAGCUGUUUGACUAUUACUCAGCCAGUGGAAUGUGUCUGCUGUUCCUGGUGUUCUUUGAGACAGUGUCGAUAUCCUGGUUUUACGGGGUUGACAAGUUCUAUGACAACAUUGAGGAGAUGAUUGGCUACAAGCCCUGUAUCUGGUGGAAGCUGUGCUGGUGCUACUUCACUCCCCUGGUCUGUCUGGGGGUGUUUCUGUUCAGUGCUAUCGAGAUGACCCCGCUGACCUUGGGGAAGUACGUGUACCCAGCCUGGGGUCAGGGGAUCGGCUGGGUUAUGGCCCUGUCGUCCAUGGUGCUCAUCCCCGGAUAUAUCAUCUACAUGCUCUUCACCACUAAAGGCAGCUUCAGGCAGCGUUUGCACAAGAUGACCACUCCUAAAGAAGAACUCAGCGAUCAGCACGACAGUCUCAGACAGCAGACCUCCUUCACUGGGAGCUUCAGCGAUGCUGCAGUGUAGAGCUGCAGUGUGUGUCCAGGGUACAGCAACAGGAAGGCACUAGCAAAUAAACACAAAACCCCUCCCCACCGAGCCUGCAUGUGUGUUCCUCAGCUGAUAAUGUUUAACCCUGAUAAUGUUUAACCCUGAUAAUGUUUAACCCUGACAGAGCGCUUGGCUGCUCCAGUCAGGGUUAAACAUGCUGGGAGUAGUCUAGAGCCCCUGUUUCCUUGCAGUUUUUCAGUGCUUUUUCAAUAGAGCAUUGUCUGUGCUUCUGGAUAUCAUACUAUAUAUAUAUAUAUUCUAUUAAAGCUGGCUGUGCUACAGAACAAGCUAUUCUGUGCAACCACAAACCCAUAGUACCAGGGUUAUUGAACACACAGGACCAGGGUUACUGAGCACACAGGACUCCUACAACCACAAGCUGAUAGUACCAGGGUUACUGAGCACACAGGACCAGGGUUACUGAGCACACAGGACUCCUACAACCACAAGCCCAUAGUACCAGGGUUACUGAGCACACAGGAAUCCUACAACCACAAGCCCAUAGUACCAGGGUUACUGAGCACACAGGACCAGGGUUACUGAGCACACAGGACUCCUACAACCACAAGCUGAUAGUACCAGGGUUACUGAGCACACAGGACUCCUACAACCACAAGCCCAUAGUACCAGGGUUACUGAGCACACAGGACUCCUACAACCACAAUCUGAUAGUACCAGGGUUACUGAGCACACAGGACUCCUACAACCACAAGCCCAUAGUACCAGGGUUACCGAGCACACAGGACUCCUACAACCACAAGCCCAUAGUACCAGGGUUACUGAGCACACAGGACCAGGGUUACUGAGCACACAGGACUCCUACAACCACAAGCCCAUAGUACCAGGGUUACUGAGCACACAGGACCAGGGUUACUGAGCACACAGGACUCCUACAACCACAAUCUGAUAGUACCAGGGUUACUGAGCACACAGGACUACUACAACCACAAGCUGAUAGUACCAGGGUUAUUGAGCACACAGGACUCCUACAACCACAAGCCCAUAGUAUCAGGGUUACUGAGCACACAGGACCAGGGUUACUGAGCACACAGGACUCCUACAACCACAAGCCCAUAGUACCAGGGUUACUGAGCACACAGGACUCCUACAACCACAAGCCCAUAGUACCAGGGUUACUGAGCACACAGGACUCCUACAACCACAAGCCCAUAGUACCAGGGUUACUGAGCACACAGGACUCCUACAACCACAAGCCCAUAGUACCAGGGUUACUGAGCACACAGGACUCCUACAACCACAAGCUGAUAGUACCAGGGUUAUUGAGCACACAGGACCAGGGUUACUGAGCACACAGGACUCCUACAACCACAAGCCCAUAGUACCAGGGUUACUGAGCACACAGGACUCCUACAACCACAAGCUGAUAGUACCAGGGUUACUGAGCACACAGGACUCCUACAACCACAAGCCCAUAGUACCAGGGUUACUGAGCACAAAGGACUCCUACAACCACAAGCCCAUAGUACCAGGGUUACUGAGCACACAGGACUCCUACAACCACAAAAUGAUAGUGCCAGGGUUACUGAGCACACAGGACUCCUACAACCACAAGCUGAUAGUACCAGGGUUAUUUAGCACACAGGACCAGGGUUACUGAGCACACAGGACUCCUACAACCACAAGCCCAUAGUACCAGGGUUACUGAGCACACAGGACCAGGGUUACUGAGCACACAGGACUACUACAACCACAAGCAUUGUACCAGGGUUACUGAGCACACAGGACUCCUACAACCACAAGCCCAUAGUACCAGGGUUACUGAGCACACAGGACUCCUACAACCACAAGCCCAUAGUACCAGGGUUACUGAGCACACAGGACUCCUACAACCACAAGCCCAUAGUACCAGGGUUACUGAGCACACAGGACUCCUACAACCACAAGCCCAUAGUACCAGGGUUACUGAGCACAAAGGACUCCUACAACCACAAGCCCAUAGUACCAGGGUUACUGAGCACACAGGACUCCUACAACCACAAAAUGAUAGUACCAGGGUUACUGAGCACACAGGACUCCUACAACCACAAGCUGAUAGUACCAGGGUUAUUGAGCACACAGGACCAGGGUUACUGAGCACACAGGACUCCUACAACCACAAGCCCAUAGUACCAGAACAGAAUGCAUUAAUUGUGUUUAUUCAGCAUUGUGUUGUAGAAGCAUCAUAAAGGGAUCACAUGCUAUCACAAGACACAAGUACUGUGAUGAGCUCAGUUUACACAGAUGCAGCUUGAUUUGCUUGUUAAAGUGCAGACGCUUCAAACUUACAAAUCUCAAAGAGGCUUUUUUACAAAAUGUCUGAAGUUUAUGUUAGUGCAGGUAGCUGCCUGCUCUGUUCCUAAAACAGUUUUUACACAAUUCAAACCACAGAGCAAAAAACAGCCAAAGAAAUCUCUGAAACAAGAGAAAGUUUGAAAGAAAACAAAGCAUUCUGAGUCGAAUAAAUAUGAAAAGGGUUAUACUGUAAAUCAAGUCAUCGCUUGCCUACGCACUUACAGAUGGUACAGCAUUUCAGAGUGAUGUUUGGCUUCCUGACCCAUUAUUGCUUUAUUCUAAUGUGAGAAUUUAGAUCCCCAGGCACCCAGCCUUGUACUUUCACCACUGGGCCACACUGCUUAGCUGUAUACUGUGCAGCAACUAACAUAGUACGCUUUUAACAAUGACUAUAUGGGAUUGGUGAAAAGGAUGCAAAUCUAUUCUUUAAGUGGGUGUAAAAUGUACAGCACUAAUGUUCUUUGUCUUUUGUCACUUGCUCAGCAUGUAACACAGUGUAGUUCAGUAGCAGCAUUGCGUCCCAGAAGCAGGAUCACCAGAUCUACAUAUGAAAACAAACUAUGUUGAUGUUUAAAAAAUGUUUGCCUGCUGGUUGGGAUGUAGUAUGCUACUGUAGCAUCAGAGUCAUAAUAUCAUUCUGUGUAUGAAAUGAACAGAAUUGAAAUAUACAGAGGGGGGUCUUAAGCCAUUCUCUGUGUCUGCUUGGUUUCUGGUCACAAACUCCCCCACUGUCAAAGAAGGCUUUUAAAAAGAGAAAUACUGGACAAGUGGCUUAUCGUCACGAUCACUGAAUGAAUCCUUUGGCUCCGGCAGUAUCUUGCAGAGGGUACAAGCCAGACAGUUUGGGGUGCUUUGACACCUCAGACAGAAAAUAUUACAUCUCAUAAAUCCAGCGGAUGGGGUGAAACAGUGGACCAAUUGAGAACAAUGGGCCGUCUCGGAACAAGAACAACCAAUGGGAAACACUCCACGUGGACUCGGUCACAGUCCAAAAUGAACAAACUAUCCAAUCACAGGGGUGAAGACAGAAGUUACAAAAGCAUGAGCGUGAUGUUCAAACAGGGCUCCCGACACAAAACCCAAGGCUCUUGACACACAGACAAAUCUCUGAACUGUGACAAUCUGAAGAGCCAGCCUGCGAACGGCUUGAACAGAGAUAAUGUUUUCAGAAACUCUGAUAUAAGAUAACUACUCUAGUGUGUGCCUUGGUGUGGGAGUCCGCUGUGCAAGACGUCUAAAAUCCUAAAAGUACUGUAAUCAGAUCUCUAACUUAGAACAUUUGAAGUCGACAGAGAUUGAAAUAUAUUCAGUCUUGUAUUAGCUAGCUAUGCCAGAGUUUUGCGGUGAAAUAUCCCAGACAUAAUCAAAUGAAGAGUGCACAUGUUGGUGGAGGAAUUGCUGUUUCAGUGGAAUACCUAAAUAGUUAAUGACUCUUGUUUUUGCAAAGACAUUUCUUUUAUACUCUGAAGUGGAGACGAAAUGCGAGGAAGACAGAAACCGGAAUCUGAACUUUCCUUGCCAACAGGAAAGCCUUCGAGGUCCUGUAUUGUUGAAGAAACGGAUCAGCUGGAUGAGGCAGCGCAUGUCCAUCAAGUGUUCAAUAAGUAGUGUUUUAAUCCUCUUAUGAACUCGAGAAUAAGCAGACCUUAAAGUAAAAUUAAUGUUUUGUUUUAGGUAUAAUGUAAGAAAAGUAGCAUUGCUUUCAAUUCAUGCUUUGAGUUAAUGAACACUGUAGUAAUUGUUUGUAUGUGAUUUAUACAAAUUCAUGUGGGUUUUACAAGGCAAUUAUCAUUCUGCGUUUAAGGCUAGAAUUUAGCAGUCUUGAUAAUAGAUAAUUAUUGACAGAUUGUCUGGACGCAAAGAACGUCUAUCUUUCAAGAGUGAGAAUUGCCUUCUGAACCAAAACUAUAUAUAUAUGAGACUGAUUUAACGAUGCUUUGAUUAUCAGAUUUAACAACAGUAAAUAUUUAUGUUACAAACGAUACCACUGUUAAGACUAACCUUUGUCUUAAAUAGCUGUUAGGAAUGCAGUUGUAAUUCUUUAAGGGAAUCUCAUAGAUUGCGUUGGAUCACUGAUCAACCAGCAGGAGUGGGCUGUCAUUGUUCGUACUGUUUAGUUUAGUUAAUUCUUCCUUUUUGUAUUAUUUUAGUUUAGUUGUUGCACCUUUAAUUUUUCCUUUAUUUAGUUUUAUUUCUAAUAAAACUGUUCCUUUAUAUUCACUAGAAGCGUUGUCUAGUCUGAUUA